AUGGCAGAAACUGCACUGUCUUUGGCUGGUAAGCAUGUGCUUCCAAAAUUGUUGGAAGCUGUACAUAAGCUGAGAGAUCUCCCGAAAGAAGUUACAGAAGUUACAGAUGAACUAGAAAGCUUUCAAGAUUUCAUCAAUAAUGCAGACAAAGUGUCUGAAGCUGAAGAAGAUAAGGAAAAGCGUGAUAGAAUAAGAAAAAGGUUGAUGAGGCUGAGAGAAGCAGCUUUUCGUAUGGAAGAUGUCCUCGAUGAUUAUAAGAUAUGUCUGGAAAAGCAACCUGAAGAUGAUCCUCGAUGUGCAGCUUUACUCUGUGAGGCUGUUGAGUUCAUCAAAACUCAUAUACUUCGCCUUCAAAUAGCGUAUCAGAUUCAGGAUGCUAAAUCACAUGUUCGUGAGGAAAAAGAUGGUUUCGAAAAGCUUUUUCCUGAAGGACAUGGAUCCGACGGUUCUAGUGGAAAUGAAACUUCCACAUGGCACAAACUUCGAAUGGAUCCUCUCUUUAUUAAGGAAGAAGAGGUUAUAGGCUUUGAAGACCCUAUACGUACAUUGAAAUAUUGGUUGACAGAGGGACGAAAAGAGCGCACUGUCAUCUCUGUCGUGGGAAUGGCAGGAUUGGGAAAAACCACUCUUUCUAAGCAAGUUUUUGACAGGGUCCGUGCAGACUUUGAGUGCCAUGCAUUGAUCACAGUAUCUCGACCCUAUACCGUUGAAGGAUUGCUGAGGGAUUUGACGAACAAGCUUUGCAAAGAAAGAAUGGAGGAUCCUCCACCGGAUGUUUCCACCAUGGAUCGAAGGUCGUUGAUAGAAGAAGUCAGUAAUCGCUUGCGCAACAAAAGGUAUGUUAUCUUGUUUGAUGACGUAUGGAAUAAAACAUUUUGGGAUGACAUCGAAUCUGCAGUUAUUGAUGAUAAAAAGGGAAGUAGGAUAUUGAUCACCACCCGGGAUGUGAAGGUUGCAGAUUUCUGUAAGAAAUCUUUGUUUUUUGAGGUGUAUAAGCUAGGAACUCUAAGUAAAGAAAAAUCAUUGGAGUUGUUAUGUAAGAAAGCAUUUGGAUAUGGUUUUGAUGGAAGUUGUCCAAAAGGUUAUGAAGAAGUAGGUCUGGACAUUGUUAAGAAGUGUGAAUGUUUACCUUUAGCAAUUGUGGCCAUUGGUGGUCUUUUAUACAGAAAAUGUAAAAGUCCACACGAAUGGGGCCUGUUUAGUCAAAAUCUAAGGUUAGAGUUGGAGAAUUCCGAGCUACACAGUGUAACAAAAAUUUUAAGUUUAAGUUACGAUGAUCUGCCAUACAAUCUCAGGCCAUGUUUGUUGUAUUUCGGAAUGUAUCCUGAAGACUACGAAGUUAAAUGUGGUCGAUUAAUUAGCCAUUGGAUAGCUGAAGGGUUUGUCAAACAUGAAAGUGGAAGAACUUUAGAAGAAGUAGCACAAGACCAUUUAAUAGAGUUGAUCAGUAGAAGUUUGGUGCAAGUGUCAUCAUUUAGCAUAGACGACAAAGUUAGAGGAUGUCGUGUUCAUGACUCAAUACAUGAAAUGCUCCGUGGAAAAAUUAAGGAUACGGGGUUUUGUCAGUAUAUUGAUGAGCAUAAUCAAUUAGUGUCAAGUGGUGUCAUUAGACGCUUAACCAUAGCAACCAGUUCAUAUGAUUUGAGCGGAACUAUUGAAACAUCACAUGUUCGGUCAAUUCUAAUAUUAACCGAGAAAAAUUUAUCUGAACACUUCGCCGGCAGAUUGCUUGCAAAAUACAUGCCAUUGAAGGUGCUUGAUUUUGAAUCUGCUCCAUUAUAUCAUGUUCCUGAAAAUUUAGGGAAUUUAUUCCACUUAAAGUAUUUAAGCUUCCGGCGUACAUGGAUAAGUAGCCUUCCAAAAUCCAUUGGUAAGCUUCAGAACUUGGAGACCUUGGAUGCACGAUCAAAAACACUCUUUGACAUGCCAAAUGAGAUUACUAAGCUUAGAAAGCUACGUCAUCUUUUGGGUACGCCAAUAUCUUGCAUUGCAGUGGAUGAUAGUCUUGGAGGCAUGACAUCCCUCGAAAAGAUACAUGUACUGAAGAUAGAUCCAGAUGGAGUGUUAAUUAGAGAGCUUGGAAAGCUAAAGCAAUUAAGGGAUCUGAGGCUUACUCAUUUUAUGCCAGAACAUGGUAACACUCUUUCUUCCUCAAUAAACGAGAUGCAACACUUGGAGAAACUACAUGUUUACGUAAAGGAUGGGAAUGGGGUAAUUAACUUGGACAUUACCUCUUCGCAUUUAACUCUAAAGAAGCUUCACCUGCUUGGGAUUUUAAAAGAGUUGCCAAAUUGGAUUCCCCGGCUCGGAAAUCUUGUGAAACUGUCUUUUGGUGAAUCCAAGUUAACUAACGAUCCAUUGAAGUCUCUGGAAAAUUUGUCAAAUUUGGUGUUCCUCUCUUUCGACUCUUAUUCUUAUGAAGGGGAAACUUUAUAUUUUCAAAAGGGAGGAUUUCAGAAACUAAAGGAACUACGGCUCAAAGGUUUGUUUAAAUUGCAUUCCAUCUUUAUUGAUGAAGGAGCACUGCAGUCUUUGAAAAAGCUUCUGAUAAGGACCAUCCCACAACUGAAGACAGUACCCUCUGACAUUCAAUACUUAGAGAACCUUGAAGUUCUCGACUUCUAUAUGCCUACUGAGUUUCAGCAGAGGGUUGGUCCCAGUGGAGAAGAUCAUUGGAUCAUCAAACAUAUACCCCAUGUAAAUUUUAUCACGAAAAGUCCUUAUGUGCUAUCUUUUGAGAAGAUAUCAAGACUAUUUCGUAGAACAAGACAAAACGAUGUUGAUCCAACUGACUAA